CUUACCCGUGCAAAUAUUACGAAUUUGAUUUUCAGCCACGCGAAAAUGGUACCCAAAAAAAAAAAAAACAAAAAACAAAUCCCUGAGCCAAUGCAUAUUUUACUUGUGACUGUCCGAGCUAAAGGAGUGUGAGAUAGACAAAGAGCCAGGAAUCUGAAUAACCCUUGACAGGUAUUUUCUGUUAAUUCAUCAAUGCAAUUAGUUUUGUUGAGUUCAGCAGACAUGCCCAAUGGGUAUCAGAGGAACCUAACCUUCAUUACUGUAAUGGCCAAUGGAAAUGGAUUUGGCUUUUGCUUCUCCAUUGUACCUUCCAAUUGGAAAGAGAGCUGUUGACAAGAUCAAGCCUUACAGCUCAAUACUCACUGUGGGUAGAAAGGUGUCCCCCUACAAAUUGUUUUCAUGCUCGGCGACUAUAGCAAACCAACCAACUCAGUCACUGGAGUUUGAAGUAGAGAACAAAAAACACGACCUCUUGAGAGCUAUUCAGGACACUCAACGUGGCCUUGUUACAACUGCUGAUCAACGCUCUUCAAUAGAGGAGGCUUUGGUAUGUGUGGAAGGAUACAACAAGGGUUCACCAAUUGACUUGGUGAAAUUGGAUGGAACUUGGCGAUUGCAGUAUACCUCUGCCCCUGAUGUUCUAGUUCUUUUGGAGGCUGCUGCCAGGCUUCCUUUCUUUCAGGUUGGGCAGAUCUUCCAAAAAUUUGAAUGCCAGGAUCAGUCCAGUGGAGGUGUGAUCCAGAAUGUUGUGCAGUGGAGUAUCCCUGCCCUCUUAGAGGAACAAGAAGGAGCAACUCUACUAGUUUCUGCUAAAUUUGAUGUUGUUUCUGUGCGUAACAUCUACCUUCAGUUUGAAGAGAUUACUGUUCAAAAUAUAAAAAUCAGUGAAGAACUGCAAGCUGUAAUAGCUCCAGCAUUACUCCCACGGUCAUUUUUAAGUCUUCAGAUCUUGCAGUUCCUUCGUACUUUCAAAGCUCAAAUUCCUGUAACAAACACAGGAAGACAAAGAGCAGUGGGAGGGCUGUAUUACCUAUCUUAUCUAGAUUCGAACAUGCUUUUGGGGCGUGCAGUUGGCGGCGGUGGAGUAUUUGUGUUUACUAGAUCUCAACCUCUUGACUUGUGAGAAACAAUUUGAUGACUUUGCUGCUAUCCGGCAUUUGCUCAUGGAAAAGUUUAACCUGUCGAAAAUGCCAUAUGGAUGAAAGACAGAGCAUGACACUUGGGGGCAUUGACCCUUUUUGCAUAACCUGUAACUGUAUCCUAUUUUGUUCUUCCCAGGAAGCGCUGGUGUUUACCAUCCACAAUUUUUCUUAUAAUUGCUGCCAUAAACUGUGUAUAAAAAAUGAGUGGAAUUUAGGAAGGAAAAGCUGACUGUGAUGCUUGCUAAUUUGUGGAAACGGAAGCUUUAUACGGCAGCUUAAUAAAUUUCAACUAUGAAAAAUUACGUUCUUUA